AUAUGUGAUAUGUGUUAGUAUGUUGUGAGUUUGUUAUGUGUAAGUCAAAAUAUAAAAUGGAAGGUUUGUUGCUUUGAUCAAGUUUAUUGUAAAUAAUUCUUCCGUACAUGUCUGGGAGGUGUACAGAUAUUAUUGCAGAAAUGAUGUUAAAUACCGUUUGUUGCUUAUUUAAGAGAUAGCACUAUAGAAAUGACUCCAAAAUGGAAGGCUACUAGUUCAGAAUCCACCUCAACAACAAGUUCUGGUUCUUCAUCCAGUAGUUCUUCAAGUUCAGGCAGUGAAUCUAGUUCAUCCGAUUCAGAAAAUUCUAGCAGUUCUGCUAAUAGUCAAAAAGCAUCUGAUACAGAAAGGACAAAGAGGAAAACAACACUUCCUCCUAAUAGGCAUGGCAAAUCCAAAACUGACACAGUUACUGCUCCAUCUAUAGAAAAUAAAAACAAAGAAAGGGUACCACCAAAGAAUAGACCUGUAGUGUAUUCUUCAGAAUCAGAAGAAUCGCCAAGCAAAGUAAAAACAACAGCAAAGAGAAAACUACCAGCCAAACCAAAAGCAACUGCUACAGUAGCACCUGUUGUUAAACAACAGAGACCACCUGCUAAAUCAAUAGCUACUACAAGUCAACAAAAAAAUGUACCAAAUUCUAAAUCAGUUGCUAACAAGCCAAGCAAGCCUUGCACCUCUACAAGUACUAAUGGGAAAGUUCCUGAUAAAUCCACAAAAACAAUUUCAGAACCUGUACAAAAGAAAUUGAAAAAGAAAAGCAUAUUCAGCCCUGAAAACAGUAGUGAAAGUGACAGUGGUAUUCCAACAAAAGCUAAUUCAGCUAAGCCUAUAAAUAGUUCUGCAAAAUAUCCAAAAAAUCAGCAAUCUAAAUCAAAACCAAAUGACGCAAAACAGAAAACAGUUGCUCCAAAUAGACCUAGUUUAUUAACCAAGGCUGCACAAUCACAAAAGUCAGAUAGUUCCGCGAGUUCAAAAAGUUGUUCUGCAGGUUCAGGUUCAUCAGGCUCUACAGAUAGCAGCACUGACUCUGAAUCGUCAGAAAGUGUUGCAAGCCCACAGCCACAAGUGAAGAAAAAAGAUACUCAACCAAGUACAACAGUAGGUGCUGCCACAAAUGUUCCACCAAAGCGACCAUCAGCAACAGUUGCUCCUGUGAAACCACAAAAGUGUACGAAACGACAAGGUACAAUAAAAAGCGAAGAUGAAGCCGACGCGUCCGCUAGUGAAAAGGAGAUGGAUGAACAUGGAGAAACGGGUGCGACGAAAGCAACAAGUAAAAGCAAACGGAAGCUUCAGACUCGGAAAGGUAGCAAGUUUCUUCAUCUUCAAACAAAAGCGGCCAGCGACUCGGAAUCUGAUACAGGUACGGAAACGGUAGCGUGUAAACGUAUCCUGCAAAUUCCCCUGAUCCGGUGUGAUUUAUCGAGAGUAGCUGAGAGCAAGAGGAGUACCAGCAAAUCACCUGUAAAACGUGCCGGCCCUAGUACCGCUGCCAGGCACUCGUCCGGGUCCAACAGAAUAUCACAGAAUAGUAGUACGUCGAACGCUAUUAGCGGAAGAUCUGGACAAGGCAAUUAUGGUCGUACACGCGUAAAUAAGGAGAGAGAAUGUCCCCUAGUGCCAACAUGCGAUUCUCGGGGUCAUCUUUCCGGAAAGCUCGAUUCGCAUUUCACUUUAGAAGCAUGUCCUUUGUACCAUAACACUACGCCACAAGCUUGUGUAGAAUUUUAUAAAGAUAGAAAAAAAAGAGAAGAAGAGAGGAAAAAGGCCGUAGCAUGUUUGGCGAAAAAGUCUCCGAAAGGUUUACACCAAACAACAGAACAGCGCAAUUAUCAGCUGAAAGUGCGGGAAAUGAGAAACAAGUGGAAGGGAAACACUGGCGAUGGAAAUGAAAGCGAUAGCAGUUGCGAACUUCAAGGAAACGAGAAAGAUCGUCAACCACGUUUAACGAAUUUAACACCAGAAUACGAUUUAAAAUUGUUUAUGGAAGCGCAAGCAAUCGCUAGUGAAAAAAUUGAGAAAGAAUUGAAAGAAUUAGAUUACGAUGGCGAAGGCAGAAAUGGUGGCGGCACGCGAGUCAUCGAGAUGGGAAAAUGGGAGAUGGAGGUAUGGUACCAAAGUCCAUAUCCGGAGGAGUUUAGUCGCGCUCCAAAACUUUAUUUAUGUGAAUACUGCUUGCGAUACGCAAAAAGUCGUCAAGUUCUAAGGAGGCACCGAGAGAAAUGUUUAUGGAGACAUCCGCCCGGUCAUGAAGUGUACAGAAAGGACAAGAUAGGUGUGUGGGAGGUUGACGGGAAACGCUACAAGCAGUACUGUCAAAAUCUCUGCUUGUUGGCAAAAUUUUUCUUGGACCACAAGACUCUGUACUACGAUGUUGAACCUUUCCUCUUCUAUGUGAUGACUAUUGGUGAUUCUGAAGGUUGUCACACUGUCGGUUACUUCAGCAAGGAAAAGAAUUCUUUUCUCAACUACAACGUGUCCUGCAUUCUGACGCUGCCGCCUUAUCAACGUCAGGGAUACGGCCGACUGCUGAUCGACUUCAGUUACUUAUUGACCAGGGUGGAGAAAAAGAUUGGCUCGCCCGAAAAACCUCUGUCGGAUCUGGGCUUGAUCUCGUAUCGUAGUUACUGGAAGGACGUUUUGCUGCAGUACCUCUGCAAUUUCGGGGGCAAGGAACUCUCUGUUAAAGAUAUCAGCAAGGAGAUGGCUAUUGACUCGUACGACAUCGUCAGCACCCUGCAAGCUCUCGGCAUGAUGAAGUACUGGAAGGGAAAGCAUAUCAUUCUGAAGAAACAGGACGUGAUCGACGACUAUAAGGAGAGGGUGAAGAGACGGGGGCCCGUCUACAAAGAGAUCGAUCCAGAGUGUCUGAAAUGGAAUCCCUUCCAGCCUCCCAAGACGCCCUCCGCCUCGAACUAAGGCUUGCAGCAGGAGCCGGGAAUGACGCCGACGCCGACGACGGGCUUCCCCUUCUCUGUCUCUUUCCGCUUCUCUCACACGCUGGUUCAUCGGUGACGACCAAGGGCGGUGGUCGAUCUCUUUCUUCUCUCGAUCGUCUCCUUCGUUUUUCCCUCUUCCCUACUCACUGGCAACCUCUGUCCUUCUUUUUCGCUUUCUCGACCGUUCUCGUUGCCUUUCGCGAGACUCGACCAAGUCAUGAGCCACGUCGCGUGGAUUUUAUGCUCACGACCGUACGGUAAAACCCGUGAAAAUCCUUCGAGAAAUUCUUUCUCCGGCGCAGCCUUCGAACACCUCCGCGUGACACCGAGGUCAACGAGUGAACAGUAUUUUCGUGGCGACAUUUGAUUACCUGAACAUCGAGCUUCCCGACCCGUUCAACUUGCCGAUCGUGUUCCGAUUAUUUAUUCGGUAACGACACAGCAGCAGAGGUAGAAUCGCCGCCCAUCGACGAAAUCAAGUUUUCGUAAUCAAGAACCAACGAGCAUACAAUCGUUAACGUCGUUCGUCGAUUUCUCACGAGCAAUAAUCCGCGGUUCGAUUAUCACCGUUCGUACAACGUGCAACCAAAGCGUCACACAUGGCAAAGCAUUUCCACGAUUUUCGGUAGAAUGCGGUGGAAAUACACCGCGGCGUGCUUAUAGCCGGUUCAGGUGAGAGAGAUACAUUAUUGAUCGUGCUAGCGAACUGUGUGCGUGGCGAGCUGCAAAACAACGAGUUUCGAGCGUAGUGCGAGAGGUCCAACGUGCUCGGUUGGGCCCGAUAGGCUAAAAUAAAUCCGAAAACUAUCAAGCCAAGAUUGCACAAAAUCGAUAUAAACGAAGCGUUCCUACGAUCGCGAUAUGUCGAUCGACGAAUGAUCGUUUGAAAGCCUCUCUUUUUCUUUCGAAUGCCACGAUUCUACGGACGAUCGCUGAUUCUACGAACGUUUACAGACUGUUCACGCAAUAGCGAAUGUAACAUGUAAGGAAAUACUGUAAGAGGAUAGGUGUUGAAUAUCGAACUGGAUGAAUGUUACUCACAUACGCGCAUACACACGUACGAUUAAUGGAACGAGAAUUCUUUGUUCGUAUUUUUAAUUCGUUUUAUUCGUUCGAAAGAAUUCGAUACAAGUAUUCGGGUUGAGAGACACUGCGCGCUUAUCGUUACAACGGAAGAACGUUUGUGUCACGCAUAAGUUUUUUCUGCGGAUACUGUAGAAUCUUUUGCAACGAUCUUCCAAUUAUCGAUGGCUCCCUUCGUUGACCAAGAGCCGGCUACUAGCAAUCUGUAAAUUAAACGUGUUUCAUAAUUGUGUAUGUUAUAAGAUGUACAAUACUAUUUAUAAAAAUACAAUUUUUAUCGACCGAA